AAGAAAGUUCGACGGUCGCAUCGCAAAUCCCGCCUUGGAUGUACAAACUGCAAGGCGCGCAAAAUCAAGUGCGAUGAGCUCAAGCCUAUUUGCACCCAAUGCUUGCACCGUCCAGGUGAUUGCUCUUUUAUCAACUCACCGAGUCACGAUGGAGUAUCAAAAUCGAUGCGUACAAUCAGUACCUCAGUUCCAUCAGUCCAACCCGCCCAACCGGGGGAUCUAGUGUUCAUCUCAUCCUCCCAGUCGGGUUUUACGGUGCCUAAAAGAGCUCGUAAAAUUGAGGAACAACAAGCUCUCCAAUCUCUCUCCUCGGCUUCUAGUACGGCCAGUUCGAGCACCCCGACCUCAGGCAGUGACACGGCAUUAUUUCCAAGGCUGUUUGAGUUCAGCGCGAUUGAUAUGGCUCUAUUCCAUCAUUGCCUUUCAGCGGAGGACUUGAAAAACUACAUCCCUGAUGAGCUUAUCAGACUUGGGUUUUCGUCUCAUUUUGUAAUGCAUCUUCUUCUGGCCGUGUCUGGCUUUCAUCUGAACCGCAAGCUGGGAGUUAACCACAUAAGUCAAUUUCUUGGGCCAGAUGUCGACUUCUAUUUGGAGGCUGAGCGACAUCUGCAAGUCGCGAUCGCAACCGUUGCAACCGCACCUGGUCUUACCCAGGGUAACAGUCAAGCGCUUUAUGUCGCGUCUGUCUAUAUUUUCGUUUGUUCGCUUGCUAGAGGCCUUCACAACGACGAGUACUUAGCCUUUCGGGCUGAUAAUGAUAAGCCAAUCCUUUGUUUGUUUCUUGGCCUACGGACUAUUAUGGAAGACUGCAAUACGCGCGGUUUGGAUCCGGAGAUGUCAUCUGUGCACUCCGAUAUUCCAGAGAGUGAUGCUACGGACGCGCCUCCAGGCUACCAAGGGGGCGUUGUGGAAACUUACCAAAUCCACGACGCUUUAUAUGAGUAUUCAGAGCCACUUCAGAAUCUGCAGGCUCUCCUGUCCAGCAUCUUUCCACCGGGAAACCUUCGCAACUCCAGUUAUUGUUUCGUGUUCGAUUCACUUCAAUCGCGUUAUGAAUCUGUCCAUGGCGGAUCUACAUCGCCUUCGGGCGCGGAACUGUGGCCUUUAAUAUUCAGUUGGCUAUACACAUUGCCUGACUGCGUUGUGCGUGACAUGGAAGACAAGCAGCCCGUUGCCUUGCUAUUGUUGGCUUUUUUUGCAGUAUUGCUGGAUGAACUUGAUUCAGUUUGGUUUAUUCGUGGUUGGCCUCGGCACAUCGUACGAGGUGUAUACAAUCAAUUGAAAGAUGAUCACCGGGGUUUAAUCCAUUGGCCGCUCAGCCGCCUGGGACUGUCUUUCCUCAGUGCAUAA